UGCAAAAUCUUGGAGCCAAAGCUUGCUCUAAAAAAUUUCAAUUGUUUUGCGUAAUUAUUUCAAAUUUUAAUUUGUUUCAAAAGUUGAAUUCGAAUUAACUCUCUAAUACACGUGCCUUCAUUGAUUCAUUCAUUCAUACACUGAUACACACACACAUUAUACUACAACUACUUUUGUAAUUUUGUUUUAUCUUUUUUCGCCUCUUGCAGUUCUCUGAAAUUAAAGCCAUUUAAUCCCCUUUGUUGUUUUUUUCGUGAUUCGCCAUAAUUUCUUAUCUUUAUAUUCCUUCAUUAUCUCAAUUUGUAUUUGGGGAUAUAUUUUUGUUGCAAUUGGAUACGGUAUCGAAUUAAAGGGCGAAUUUUUAUUUUUUUUCGUAAAGGUUUCUGGGGUUUUUCUCGAUUUGGUCGGUUUUGGUUGUUUAUUGCGCAACGUUUGGAUCGUUUAGAAAAUUUCCGGCGAAAAUUGUUGUUGAAUCUCAGUGAGGAAUCAUCAGAGUAGUGAAUUGGAGGGCAAUUGGAUUAAUUCUUUAUCGUGGACGCGAGGAAUUAGGGCUUUUUUGUGCGAUUGGGUUUUGGUGAAGGGCGAAUUUGAUUGGUGAUGAGGAGAUGAUCGGGAAGCGGCCUAGCAAAAUCGGAAUGCCGAAACUCAAGCGUUGCUCAGCGGAGAAAGAAGAAAUCUCUGGUGGCAACGAUGUCGGGAAUUCAUGCAGCGCCGCAGUCGAUUCGAAGAAGAUGAAGAAGAUUACAAAUCAGAUGUAUACAGUUCCUAUAGUUCAAGUAGAAGGAAAGGACAUUGAUUUAUCGAGUUAUUGCCGCAAGAUUGACACGUCAUUCGUCAACAACAAGGUGAAUUCGGUUGCUAAGGAGGUUCCUGAGAAUAAGCCUCCAUUGUUGAAGUCCUCGCGUGGCCGUAGGCAGGUGCUUCCGACGAAAUUCAAGGACUCGAUUUUGCACCCUUGGAAGAAAGAAAAAUUGGAAAGUGGUGAUGAUUUGGAGAGCUGCCUAGCUGAUAAUGAUGAAUGCGCUGAAGAUGUGCUUCGAAAUAAGAAUUCGAAGCGAGAACAGCCGUCGACGUCCUAUGACGAUGACAUAUAUUUAGUCAAGAAGAAACCGAAAAUUGAGAGGAAACUUGACUUCAGUUUGAAAAACAUCAUUUUGGAGCCUUAUUAUAGUUCGCCGAGUUCCAUGACUUCAGUUAACGCUGCGGUUUCUUCGGUUUCGACUGGAGUGGAAAGUGGUGGGAAGAUGAAUGCAUAUGCGGGAACGAGAAAAACCGCGAAGGACAAAGUGACUGUGAAAAAGGCAGACUUUUAUGAGCCUGCUGAUUUUGUAAUGGGAGAUAUAGUGUGGGCGAAAUGUGGGAAGAAUUUCCCUGCGUGGCCUGCUGUUGUGAUCGAUCCUCUGUUUCAAGCGCCAGAAGCCGUGUUAAGAGCUUGCGUUCCUGGCACUCUUUGCGUGAUGUUCUAUGGGUUCUCUAGGACUGGACUGAGGGAUUAUGCAUGGAUAAAAGCCGGGAUGGUUUUUCCAUUCCAAGAGUACAUGGACAGGUUUGAGGGACAGACUAAAUUGCACGGUAGCAAGCCUAGUGACUUCCGUAUGGCUAUAGAAGAGGCAGUUAUGGCAGAAAAUGGCUAUGCAAAUUCAACCAUGGAAGCUGGGCAGGAAAUAUCACCUGCAGUAAACAACGGCGAGGCUGAAGAGGCAACUGGAUCGAAUCAGGAGUCAGGAUGUACUGUUCAGCAGGAGAUAGUUGACAAGAGGAAAGAUACCCGAGUUUGUGGCAGCUGCAGCUUGACGUUUCCAUGCAGAAUGGUGAAGAAAAUAAAGAGUGCAACAGCUAAAGCUCAUUUCUUGUGUGAACACUGUAUUAAGUUACGAAAAUCGAAACAAUACUGUGGUAUUUGCAAGGAAAUUUGGCAUCACUCUGAUGGAGGCAGUUGGGUAUGCUGUGAUAGCUGCAAUGUUUGGGUCCAUGCUGAAUGUGCCAACAUUUCUGCUGAACUUUUGAAGGGUCUAAAAACUUUGGAGUACUUCUGCCCUGAAUGCAAAGGAAAGCCGGCAUCUAAAUUGAUUGAGUUGGAAAUACAGAACUGUCCAGUCAGCCCUGCUAAAAGCCUUGGGAGCAAAACACCGCCUGAAAAGCUAAUAGUUGUUUGCAAUGCUGUGGAAGGGACUUAUUUUCCCAGUCUCCAUUUGGUGCAGUGUCUUUGUGGUUCAUGUGGUACCAAGAAGUAUGGGCUCAGUGAGUGGGAACGGCACACUGGAUGUAGAGCAAAGAAAUGGAAGCACAGUGUGAAAGUCAAGGGCUCAAAUAUACCCCUAGAAAAAUGGAUGACAGAGUACAAUGUCCUUGCGUACAAUCCCACGCGGUUGGAUAAGCAGCAGCUGUGCGCUUUUCUGAAAGAAAACUACCAACCUGUUCAUGCAAAGUGGACCACAGAACGGUGUGCUAUUUGUAGAUGGGUUGAAGAUUGGGACUACAACAAAAUCAUAAUAUGCAACAGAUGUCAAAUAGCAGUACAUCAAGAAUGCUACGGAGUAGGAAACACUCAGGAUUUUGCUUCCUGGGUUUGCCGAGCUUGUGAAACCCCAGAAGUAGAGAGGGAAUGUUGCCUCUGUCCUGUGAAAGGGGGUGCAUUAAAGCCUACCGAUGUUCAAACUUUAUGGGUCCAUGUUACAUGUGCGUGGUUCCGGCCGGAAGUUGCUUUUGUAAAUGCAGAGAAAAUGGAACCUGCUGUUGGGAUUUUUAGAAUUCCACCAAGUGCAUUUACUAAGGUAUGCGUUAUUUGCAAGCAGAUUCACGGUUCUUGCACGCAGUGUUGUAAGUGCGCAACCUAUUUCCAUGCUGCUUGUGCUUCUCGUGCUGGAUAUUGCAUGGAGUUGCAUUGCUCUGAGAAGAAUGGGGCGCAGAUAACCAAAUGGAUAUCAUAUUGUGCAGUUCACAGGGUGCCUAGUGCGGAUAAUGUUUUAGUGAUUCAGACUCCGGAUGGAGUUUUCUCUAACAGAAGUGUGCUCCAGAGCCAGUAUCAAGAACAAUGCUCGAGAGGUGUGAGACUCAUCUCGUCAAGCACUGCUGAGUGCUCUGUCUCAUCUCCUGCUGAUGCAGAUGGAUUUGACGCAAUGUCUGCUGCACGCUGUCGCAUUUAUAAGCGUUCAAACACUAAGAAGGCUGGAAUAGAGCCAACAUUUCACCGCUUGAUGGGGCCUAGACGUCACUCUCUACUUGAUAUAGAGCGUUUGAAUUCACAACAUGAAGAUUCUGAAGUUGGGAAAGCUUUUUCAACACUCAGGGAACGGUUGGAUCAUUUGAGGAGAACAGAAAAAUAUAGGGUUUGUUUUGGCAAAUCAGGAAUUCAUGGAUGGGGCCUCUUUGCUAGACAAAGCCUUCAAGAAGGAGAAAUGGUUGCUGAAUAUCUCGGUGAGCAGGUCAGGCGUAGUGUUGCUGACCUAAGAGAGGCACGGUAUCGAUUGGAGGGCAAAGAUUGCUAUCUUUUUAAGAUCAGUGAGGAAGUUGUGAUUGAUGCCACAAAUAAGGGGAAUAUAGCUCGCCUAAUUAAUCAUUCGUGCAUGCCCAACUGUUACGCGAGGAUCAUGAGUGUGUGCGAACAAGAGAGCCGUAUAAUUCUUAUUGCUAAAUCCAAUGUUUCAGCUGGUGCUGAACUAACGUAUGAUUAUUUGUUCGAUCCAGACGAGCGCGAGGAGGUUAAAGUCCCUUGCAUGUGUGGUGCUCCCAACUGCCGCAAAUUCUUGAAUUGAAGCCUCUUUUUUGUGUAUAGCACUGACCCUUUUCUGUUGAAGAGUUUUUGUCACAACCUUACAGCAUUAUUGCCAGAAUUGUAAUUCCCAAUUUUGUCAAGUUUAUUAUUCACUAGCAAAUAAUGUUAACCCCAUAUUAAUACAAAUUAUUAUUUCUAUA